GCGGCCAGACGGAAGUUUGACUGAACACGAACCAGCGCGGCAGAUGAAAUACUCAUCAGUUUAUUUACAUCGUAGAUGUGGCGGCAACAAGACAACAUGGAGUCGAGUGCGGACCGCGGACUAGAUGUGGAAUGUGUUGUUAAUCGGUGGAUAGUGGAUUAUUACAUAUCUGUGGCGUUUGAGGCGUUCAGGAAUGAACAGGACAGUGAUUUCUGUGAGAUCAGAGACAUCCUUCAAUGUCAUCUGGUCCGGCCGUUGGAAGCCAACGACGCCACACCCAAGAAGAUUCGAGCAAUACAGUUCCUCACCAGGAUAAAUGACGGUGACAAACUCGACUUCUCGUUUGACUCCCAGGAGGACCUCACGCCACUGGAGUCUGCUCUGAGCGUAUUGGACAGCAUCCGCGACGAGUUGCCGGUUCCCCAGAAAGACUUGGAGAGAGUACAGAAGUCUGUCAGAGAGAUGUUGGUGAUUGUGUGCAUUAAGAACCAGGCCUUUGACAAAGCCAAGGAGGUUUUGAUGAAAUACUUCCCCAAAAGCAAGGUUGGAAAGGCUGCCAGACAGCUGGUGGUGAAGAGGCGGCAGGCAGGACAGGAUGCAGAGGAAGGAGACUGCCCCUCAGACCCUCAGCCAGAGGACCACCUUCUACCAGCAACAGAGGAGAAGACAUCCAGACACAAACCCAGGUAG